GCCCAUUUGCAUGCUGGGCCCUCAUAGGGCGCCCGUGGACACGCUGUGUUGCUUGCCGCUGUCGUCGCCCCCCAUGCGUGGGGCUCUUCUUGCACGAAUAUGUGGCGUACGAUACUGCACGGAAGCAUGUUGUGUUACGGCGUCGUGGGCCAGCCCCCGGAGACGGACAGCAUCAGAGAGAAAAUGCAAAGCCAAGACAAAACCCGCCUGGUCAGGGCUCUCAGAGCUCUGCUGUUCCAGGGCAGUCAGCUGAGCCAUGACAACCCCCAUGACAACCCCCAACACAGGGCGAGCGGGAGACAGGACGGCACGGCGGGAUGGGCAGGAAAAUGUCCGGGGUCAGAUGCGUCGAUCCGCAACGGAACACGGCUACAUCAGCUUGCUCACGAUACACGGCAUGUCCAGAGUCCUGGACCGAAGGGUUCUAGAGACCUCUUUACCCUGGACCUCCUCAAGCUCUGCCUUCCCUUCCGUCCUGUCAAAAUCCCACGCCGUUGCACAAGGCUCAUCUGAAACUGGAGCAUGUCCAUGAGGUACAGAGGCCUUUGACAAGAGUUUGUCAGAAAUGGGGUUCCUGAUCAGCCUUCCUCCCCUCCCAACUACACAUCUCACUUGUGUUCCUCAUAUUUGAUAU